AUGGCUUCUGAUGGUCCAGAUCAUCCUAGAGAGUCAAGUUCAAAGGAUGGAGUGCAACCAGCUAGUUCGAGGGUGCAAGAAGAAUUUUCAAGAGCCUUUCCCAUUGCGAAUGUGCAUAGAUUGAUGAAAAAAGCUCUACCAAGACAUGCAAAGAUAACCGAUGAAAGCAAGGAAAUUAUGGUGAAAUAUGCAGCUGAAUUUAUUAGCUUUGUUACCGCUGAGGCUAACCAUUAUUGCAAGUUAGAUUGUAGAACAACAAUUACUGCUGAAGAUUUGUUAGCUACUAUGCAAAAAUUGGGCUUUGAUGACUAUGCUCAAUAUUCCUUCCGCUACAUCCAACUUUUUCGUCAUGGUGCUCGUGUAGGUCAAUAUGCUCCCCCACCUCCACCUCCACCACCGCCGCCACAGGAUUUUCAAGCUCAUAAUUUUCCAUUGGAUCCAAAUUCCGUGCUUACCGACCCAACAGAAAUGGGUGCAAUUUUAGGAGAUGAUGAUGAUGAGGAUAGAGAACUUGGUGGUGGUGGUGGUGAUGGCAACUCAAGUGAUGGAAGCUUUGAUGUUAUGGCUUUUCUUAAUAAUGAUGACUAAUAUCAUUUCCUUAAGUGAUGUACAUGGCAGUAUUGGAAAGACAAUGCUAGAGUUGUGAAAUUUGCAUGAAGUUUAAAUAAUACUGAUAAGGUACAAAAUGUAGUGAUGAGAGUAUUAUUGCUAGUUUGCUAGGUUUUCUUGUCUUUGAAAUUGUUGAAUUGAUGUCUCACAAACAAAAUGUAAGAGCCUGUUUGAAAUAGUUUUUGUUUUCAGUUUUUGAAAUAUGCAAGUUCUCUUUUCGCAAUAGUUAUCCUUUUACAUGUUUUAGUUUUAGUCCUCAAAACUAAAAAAUUCAAAACAGUUUCCAUAACAGUAAAUUUUUAAAAUAGUUUAGCAAAUUUUUUUUUAAUUUUCAAGUUUUUGAAAACUAAAAAAGAGUUUUUGAGAAGUGUUUCAAACAGGCUCUUGUUUCUCUAUAAACAUUUAUUGAGUUUUUCUUGGAUUAGUUCAUGCACCAAGGUUAUUUUCAUUUGCUUACAUAUAUUUUUUUUACUAGCAUAAGCACUUGUGAAAUUAUUUGAAGGAGUUUAUAGAAACAGUUAAUAACAUGUCUAUGAGUUGUUUUUAUCUAUUCUUUUUCAUAAGCUCCUCAUGAUAGUUUAUGAAAACAACUUAUAAAUUUAACUCCAUGUUAUCUUUUGUUAUAGAUUAGAAAUAGCCUAAAUAUAAGCACUUAUAUGUUAAUUGUUUAUGCAAUAAGCCCUGUAUUAUGAUAUGGAUCAUGUGUUCAUACAAUGAUCCGCCACUGCCUGGAAUUACAUGAGGGAACAAGUAGAAAAUUUAGAUUAGAUUUUAAUGUCAUUAAAUACACAUGUCUAUUGAAAGAUCUCCAAAGAGCACAAAUUUAUAGCUAUACUGAAGUGGGGGAAGAUAUUUAAAACCGUCUGUUGAAUCCCAGCAAAGAAGAAAAAACUUGCAUUAAUUGGUGUAUAAGAAUACAUACUAUAGAUUCCCGUGAACUUAACUCAGUUGAUAGGGAUAUUGCAUUUUAUAUGCAGGGGCUGGGGUUCGAACCCCAGACACCCCACUUCUCUACAAUUAAAUUGUGUGAGCUCUAGCCACUAGCCACUAGACU